AUGAGCCAGCCUCAUCCCACUACGUACCAUAAUUACCGUCUGUUGAGCCUUGAUCCAGAUAUGGCCGAGUCCUUUAACAAGAAACGCAAAGCUCAAGUGUCGGAGCUGACCCUCGAAGAUGACCAUAGAGCUACGCAGCACAGCAGGCUGCCUUCAAGUCGAACAAGCGCAAGCCAUAAUCCUCUCGCGGACCGAACGUGUACCCGGAGGAAAACCACGAAACGCCAGAAAGUCGCGCAGGCCAAGAGUGAUCUAAGUUUAGGACGUGAAUCAAAUGCACUGACUUUCACAGACGCGCCCACGAACACUUCAGCUGCGGACGAGGGGGACAUAGUAACGGAGGAUACGCCUGUGCAAGAUCUGAUAGCAUUGUCGAAGGGCGCGCGAGCUAAAAGGACCAAGGCGAAGAAGAGGGUUGUUGAAGAGGCAGAAGAUGAAGACGACGAUGUGAAAGUCCAGGAGCGACUACGUGCUAGAUUGACCAUCUUCGAUCCAGAACCCCAUCCUGCCUUUAAGCCAUGGCAUUGCGAUUUUGCAGCGCCUACGCCACCGUACGAUGAUCAACAGGCAUGUCCAAUUGAUUGGUCAAAAGUAACCAUUCUACAUGACGACCCUCUGCACUGCCAAGAAGCCUACGAGUUGCGUCGUCCAUGGGACAAGGAGCCACUAGCAUGGGACAAGGUUGCUCAAAAGGUCUUCCUCCCUCCUUCUAAGGACGGAACAACUUGGAACAUCAGUCCAGAGGGAGGGCGAAAACGGUUCAAGGCGGCAAACAAAGCGGUCUUUGAGCUGACAGGCGUUUACUUCCCCGAGAGUUCGCUUGGACUCGAAGGUCAUGGCAUACCCCUGCACAAAGACUUGAAGCCGAUCCUCGAGGAACUUGCUGAAUCACAUGUCGUUGUCAAGAAGGAAGUAAUGGUCCCUUCCGAGGGUGAUGCGCCAACCGGAACGGAUCCAUUCGUUGACCGGAAGGAUAAGAAUGUCAGUCGCGGCGCAGCGAUGAUGCGCUUCGCCUGUUCGCAACUUACGGUCGAACGUUUGGAUCCUUUGGUCAACCCUGGAGUUGUCGGAAGCCCACAUACGCACCAGAUCGUUGGGGGAAACAGCUUCCAGCCCGAAAUGAAGCCUGGAGAAUACGAUAUGGUAGAAAAAAGUAAUUGUACUACGUGCACAUUCAGCGAAGAUUUUAGCAACUAUUGGACUGCAGCGUUAUAUUUUCGCGCACAGAAUGGCACAUACAAACGUGUUCAACAGUUCCCGAACGGUGGACUAAACCAGAGAGGUGGUAUGACAGUAUACUAUAUACCCCCAUAUGAUGGCGUCAGCAACGUGACUGCCUUCAAGCCUGGCUUUCGCAUGCUCGCCGGUAACCCGCUCCUUCGCAACACCACCGGUGAAUCUCGGGGCAUCUGUCAUCGUUGCAUCUACAAGAAUGACCAACCAUUUGGUGGUGCCCCAUGCACAGAAGAAGACACGACCUUCCUUCCCACCCGCAUGUGCGAAGGCGGUAUCCGUACACAAGUCACGUUUCCUACAUGCUGGGACGGCGUAAAUCUUGAUAGCCCCGACCACCAGAGCCAUGUUGCAUACGCGGAGAUCCCCUACGAACCGUAUGUUGCACCCUUGGCAACGCAUCCAUAUACGCCCGAGCAGCAGAGGGGAAAGUGCCCAGAGGGAUUUCCGAUUAUGCUGCCACAGGUCAUGUAUGAGGUCAUGUUCGACACAACGCCAUUCAACCAGAAGGAGCUAUGGGGCAAGGAGGGAACACAGCCUUUUGUGUUCAGUAUGGGUGAUGCAACCGGCCACGGCAACCAUGGUGAUUAUAUGUUCGGCUGGAAGGGCGAUGCAUUGCAGAGGGCGCUCAAUGCACGGUGCAGUAACGAUCAUUGUAGUGAGCUGGGGAGGCAGAGCGACGAAGAUGCAAUGAAGUGUAGUAUUCCACAGACGGUGGUAGAGGAUGUCGAUGGCUAUGAGUGGCUUGAAAGUCUACCCGGUGGAGUGCAAAUCAACGAUGGCAUGCAGAUCUAG